AUGCGGGCUUUGCUAACAUUGCUUUCUCCCCUUCCUCCCUCUGUCUUGGUGGUGUCAGUGCAGCAGCUGCUGGAAGAUGGUGCAGAUCCCUGUGCAGCUGACGACAAGGGCCGCACAGCUCUACACUUUGCCUCCUGCAAUGGCAACGACCAGAUUGUGCAGUUGCUCCUGGACCACGGGGCCGAUCCCAACCAGCGAGAUGGGCUGGGGAACACGCCACUGCACCUGGCGGCUUGUACUAACCACGUCCCUGUCAUCACCACACUGCUACGAGGAGGGGCCCGUGUAGAUGCCCUGGACCGAGCUGGUCGCACACCUCUGCACCUGGCAAAGUCGAAGCUGAACAUCCUGCAAGAGGGCCACUCUCAGUGCCUGGAAGCCGUACGGCUGGAGGUGAAGCAGAUCAUCCAUAUGCUAAGGGAGUAUCUGGAGCGUCUGGGACGGCACGAGCAGCGGGAGCGGCUGGAUGACCUCUGCACCCGCCUCCAGAUGACGAGCACUAAAGAACAGGUGGAUGAAGUGACCGACCUCCUGGCCAGCUUCACCUCCCUCAGUCUGCAGAUGCAGAGCAUGGAGAAGAGGUAGCAGCAGAGGCUCCCUGCCUUCCUGCUCAGCUACUGCCCCAUCCCUGCCCUCGCUGCUCUCUCGUUACAGAGAGAAAACCCAGCAUCUGGGACUUUGGCGCUCCACUGGUCUGGUGAGGACCUUGCCCUCACCCAGGAUGCUAUGGGGCAGAGAGGCUCUGUCCACGACCUCACAACCACUCCUAGCUGCAGUCUCUAUCAUCUCGUAGAUGAUCGUAGCCCAAGCUUUUUCCUCCAACUCCUGCAGUGUUAGGCCCGCUCAUGGGCCACACUUUAUCUGUGUCCAACCUGUGCUGUUCCAGCCAACCUCACUUACCCUUUGGCUUCCCCAGCACCCUCACCAGGCCCCAACCCUUCUCUUCUGUGUUCCUUCCAGGCUAUGGGCUUGUGCAUUCACAGGUGUGGGCUUAGGCAGGUACCUUCUGGCCAAGGGACUGCCAUGGGGGCCUCUUGAUUGCCUCUGGCCCUAAUACCUCUCACCAGCACUUAGAUUUAGACUUGUUGCCAGACUUUCAAGGAUGCAAUGCAGCAAAUUUCUCUGGUUUGUAGGGGAGGGUUGAUGAGGCUUAGACCUUAAAAAUACAAGGACCCCAAAGCAAAAAAAAUCCAACCCUUUUUCUCUCAAUCAUUGAAACACCAGGAGGGUGUAAUAGUUGUGCAACCUGAUUGUAGCAGGCUGAUAGUGACCCCGAGAUGCCUAAUCCUAGGACCCUCCUGUGGCCAUUACCUUAUAUGGCAAAAGGGGCGUUGCAGUUAAGGAUCUAUAGUUGGGAGGGUGAGUGUGGAUUAUUCCAGGAGACCUGAAGUGAUUGCAGGGAUCCUGUAAGAGCAAAGCAGGAGAUGGGGGAGGAAGCAGGAGAUGCAGUAAUGGAAGAAAGAAGCUGGAGGAACUCGAGACGGGCACGAGCCAGGAAUGCAGGCCGCCUCUGGAGCUAGGAAGUGGAUUUUCCCCUCAGAACUUCAGAAGGAACCAGCCUUGCUGACACCUUGACUUUAGCUCAGUGAGACUGAUUUUAUAACUCUUGCCUCCAGAGUGUAAGAGAAUAAACUUGAGUUAUUUAAGUCUA